GACCGGCGGCGGCACCAUGGGCAUCCACUUCGGGAACCUGGCGCGCGUGCGGCACGUGGUCACGUACAGCCUGUCGCCCUUCGAGCAGCGCGCGCUGCCGCACCUCCUCGCGCGCGGGCUGCCCAACGCCUGGCGCCGCUUCAGCUCCCAGGUCCUCAGGGUGCUGCCGCCCUUCGUGGGCGCCUAUCUCAUCUACUCGUGGGGCACGCAGGAGUUCGAGCGGCUCAAGAGGAAGAACCCGGCCGACUACGAGAGCGAGCAGUGAGGCGGCGGCGCGGCGCGCGGAGCUGCCCAAUAAACCUGGCUGUGUCUGCUGUG